AAUUACACUUUCCCUUUCUUUCUCUCUCCUAUUUUCUUCAACUUUUCCGCACAGCUCUCUCUCACAUGAUGAACAUUUUGUGAAUUGAAUUAUUUGAUUUUGGUGGGUGUUUUUAUCGGAUUUUGAUAUUUCCCGACCAGAUGAGGAAAUUCAAGAUUGUUUCACGAUUGAUAAAAUUUCUUUCGUGCUCUGAUGGUGAGCCACAUAUCACGAGCUAUCCAAUAGGUGUAGACGUGCGGGAGGAGUAUGCUAAUGCUUUCCGCACUGAAUCCUACAUCGACUUUUGGACACGUGUCCUUACCUUAAAUGAUGGAGAUCUCACAACCCAACUUCCAGUGGAGUCCACAACUGCAACCCGACUCUCAUCUUAUAGGUUAUUUGCCGAACAUCUAUUGGACCCAACCCAACCCACAGUUAAAAGGCUCUUGGCUUCGACCUAUCUUAGGCCUAAUUCUUACUCACUUCUCACUGAUUAUUUCUCUCACACAGCCAAUGCUUCUCUCUUAUGUGGGCGCUUACUUAAAGAUAUCCAUAAUUUACGUCUCAAGCUUCGUCCCCUUAAAAUUACCCUCCACUCCAUUGAAAAUACAAGAUUUUACCAUAAUUAUAAUUUCGAACCAAUCUUGACCUGUUUGGUUGAAUUUUCCAACGCCCACAACCCAUUUGUGUCGUCCGCCCCAUCUACUCGACGAAUUCGAAUAAUCCAAAGUGGGUGCUCCAAUUUGCUAAAGCAACUCGAGUUCAACCGCGACAAGGCACGGGCCAAGCUCAGGAGAGUUAGGUACUUCCAACACGGCUCGGCUGGUUUCUUGGUGGCUUUAACGACAUCGCUUACAGUAAUAGUCAUGACUCAUGGAAUUGCAUUGUUUGUUGCUGCGCCGGGCCUCCUUGUGGCUUCGAUAGAGUUGGCUAAGUCAAGGAAGCUAGCCAAACAAGUGGCUCAACUCAAUGUGGCCGCAAAAGGAACUUACACUUUGAAUAGGGAUUUCGACACAGUUGGUCGACUCGUGGCUCGGCUGAGUCAUGAGCUGGAACACAUGAGGGUAAUGACGAGGUUUUGGCUUGAGAGAAGAGAGGAUAGACGUCAAGCCAUUAGUGAAGUGGCUCGUCAGUUGAAGCAAAACCAUGCAAGCUUUAGCCAACAACUAGAUGAACUUGAGGAACAUUUGUAUUUGUGUUUUAUGACCAUAAAUCGGGCCAGAAAUCUUGUCGUAAAAGAGAUUCUGGAUCCGGGUCAACCCGCUAAGGCUCCACAUGUAUGAUCAUAAUUCAAUUCAUAUAUUAUCAAGAAGAAAUCUCA